AGAGAUUUUUUCAAAGAGGACUAUAUAGGGGUUGUCACGCCUCUUUUUCAUCACUUGGAUGCAAUGAUUAUGGCGGACUUGCUGAACAUAUUGUUGGUGGCGUUCAUCUUAUGCCAGGGCCUUCGAGCUGCACCCCUGAAAGAUGACUUCGACGUAGACGAAGAUUACAGAAGAAAAUACCCAGAGGAAUUCGGUGACUUGUACGAGGGCGACAUUGAAGUCGAUUCAUUCAGGAACGGCGUGAUUGACAAGGCGAGGUUGUGGCCUGGCGGAAAGGUUUACUACGUCAUCGAUACAAACUCGAACUACACUGCCAACAUCGUUCCCAACAUCAAAAAAGCAAUGGCUUUGUUUCAACAGAAUACAUGCAUUCAGUGGAUUGAGAGGACCCACCAGACGAGAUAUGUCAAGAUUUGGAGAGGAAAGGGUUGUUCGUCUGCUGUAGGGAUGAAAAAAAAGCCUCAGCGUCUGUCCCUCGGUUCUGGUUGCGGCGGUGUGGGAACAGUCAUCCACGAGAUGUUGCACACCGUAGGCUUCGUUCAUGAGCAGAGUAGGCCGGAUAGGGACGAGUAUGUCACCAUUAACUACGAAAAUAUCAAAGAUGGCGCAGCAUACAACUUCAACAAGAAAUCAAACGAGCACUUUCAGACAUUGGGCGCUCCCUAUGAUUACCUAUCCAUCAUGCACUACGGUCGGAGGGCGUUCUCAAAGAACCGGAAGGAUACCAUCACGCCAAAAAAAGACCCGAAACAGCAACUAGGCCAGAGGAAGGGUUUUACAAAGAUUGACAUUGAGAAAGUCAACAAGUUGUACAAUUGCAAAGUUUGAAGUAGCAUAAAGAACUGUGUAAUUUCUGUGCAGCGAUAUCAUAACGUUUUAUUCGCCAAAUUAUUCGUUCGUUUAUCAUUUUUUUUUGUUGACUUAAAGGCCAAAUGUUGGCCAAAACCUCG